AUGGUGCCGUGGGGCUGGUGGACGGCGCUGGCGGGGCUGGUGCUGGCGCUGCCGCUGCUGCUGGCCAUGGUGGCGUGCCCUUACCUGUGCCAGGACGUGGCCUUCUUCUUGCGCCUGGUGCGCAUCUCCCAGCGGGCGCGCAGGGCCGGCUCCCGGGUGCCGCCGCGCACGCUGCUGGAGGUCUUCGGCCGCCGGGCGCGGCGCCGGGCCGGCAAGGCGAUGCUGCUCAGCGGGGAGCGCGUCUACACCUACGGGCAGGUGGACCUGCGCAGCAACCAGGUGGCGCGGGCGCUGCGGGAGAGCGCCGCCUUGCGGCAGGGCGACGCCGUGGCCCUCUUCCUCACCAACCGGCCCGACUACGUGUGGCUGUGGCUGGGCUGCGCCAAGCUGGGCUGCGCCCUGGCCUGCCUCAACUGCAACAUCCGCGCCCGGGCUUUGGUCCACUGCUUCCAGUGCAGCGGCGCCAAGGUGCUGCUGGCCGACCCAGAUCUGAAAUCAGCGAUUGAAGAAGUACUGCCAACCCUGAAGGAAGAAAAUGUGGCUGUUUAUUACCUAAGCAGGACAUCUGACACCGAGGGAGUGGACAGUUUCCUUGACAAAAUGGAUGCCGUUUCAGAUGAGCCUAUCCCACAGUCUUGGAGAUCAAAUGUCACUUUAAAAAGUCCUGCUUUGUAUAUUUAUACCUCUGGAACCACAGGUGCUACUCUAGCAUUACGGUCUAAAUUUUCCGCUACGCAAUUUUGGGACGACUGCAGGAAAUACAAAGUCACUGUCAUACAGUAUAUUGGAGAAGUGCUUCGAUACCUGUGCAAUGUACCUACGAAAGACAAUGAUCGUGAUCAUAGAGUAAGGAUCGCCAUCGGGAAUGGCCUGAGGGCAGAUGUUUGGAGGGAAUUUAUUAGAAGGUUUGGGAAUAUGCGCAUUUUUGAAUUCUAUGCUGCAACUGAAGGAAAUGUUGGAUUUUUGAAUUAUACUGGGAAAAUUGGCGCUGUAGGAAGGCUAAACUUCUUCCAUAAGAAAUAAUUCACUUUCGACCUAGUUAAAUAUAUGGCCAUUGAGAAAGAAACCGAACCUCCCAGAUGGAAAGGAGAAAAUGUAGCUACAACGGAAGUUGCUGAUAUUUUAGGACUACUAGACUUCAUCCAGGAAGUGAACGUAUACGGUGUAUCUGUGCCAGGUCACGAAGGCAGAACGGGAAUGGCGUCCAUUCGACUAAAGGAGGGUUGCGCGUUCGACGGAGGACGAGUCUAUCAGCAUGUUGCAGACUGCUUGCCAUCUUACGCAAGGCCCCGUUUUGUGAGGAUUCAGGAUGUCAUUGAAACUACAGGAACAUUUAAACAUCGGAAGGUGCAGUUGGUAGAAGAAGGAUUCAACCCAGCAGUUAUUAAAGACACCCUCUAUUUCCUGGAGGACAAAGAAAAGUCAUACGUUCCCCUGACAGAAGACAUUUAUAACUCGAUAUGUAGCAAUAGUCGGAAACUAUAAAGUGCCCCAAAAGUAAUUUUUGUAAAAGAAAAUCACGGACAUUUUUAAAUUUUAGAAAAUUAAUGGUAAUCGAUUUGAAAAAUGAUUUAAUGUUUCUAUCUGGAAUUGGGAACAUCGCUUAUUCGUUAUUUUGGGGGUUCUUCUUAAAAACAAAAUAUUUACAUGUCUUCCCGGCACUGUCUCCUGUUUGAGUUGCUGUAGCCUGAAUGUUGAUUUAUCCCUUCUUGCAAGCUGUCUGCAAUUGGGGAGCUCUCCUUCACACUUACCAAGAGCAACUGUCAAGCCUUAUGUGAGCCACACUUGUCUCCAAAAUGAAGUCGGCGGGAUGUGGAACAGCAAUGGUGUCAGGCAUGCCAGUAAAGCUAUGUGGCUCAUUUAAGGAGUCGUGCCUAUUAGCUGGGCCUGUCACGAGCUGGCCAAAAGACCCAAAAGAUGACCAGGGCAAUUGCCUUGUGUACUACGAAGCCACACCGGUUGCUACAAUCUCGCAAGAACACUCACUUCCACAGGAUUUCCCUGCGACGUUCUGGAUGGGUGGGGCACUAGUAAGCUUUAAAAGGAUAGUCAGCUAAAGGCCCAGGAGGCUAUUCCAAGGUUCUCUCUGCUAGGCUACGGAGAGUCUUAGCAUGGGAGAGGAAGUAUGCAGAGUGAGGUUAACUCCCUAUUCUCCCAGUACCUGGCCACAAAGUCCACCUGCAAAGGACACUGGAGGGUGCUAAGUUCAGGGGUCCAACUUGGCGGCCCCUGCUUCUGACACAAAUGAAAAGAAUCAUCUUUGCAGGAAGGGGUGUUCUACAUGUGCAUAUGUCGGAAUUCCUGCACCUGCGAGGCACAGCUGGAGCAACACAGACCUGUUUAGGAUCAGUGCCGGAAGCCUUUAUUUACCUUGCGGACAUCUUCUUUCCUAUUGCUGUUCCCGGCGUACAUUAAUCACGCUCCGGAUUCAUUUUUCCUCUGCCGUUUAGCGUUGCAAACUCUCUUUCUGAAAUCCAUUCUUUUACCUUGAAUCGUGUUCCAGAAACAGGAAGGGAAAGCUCUGUGUCCUGUGCAUAUUUAACACGACUGUUUCACAAGGGGGACAGGUCUGUGGCCAGGCUCUCUGAAUACUUUCCUUGGAACUGUAUAAAGAAA